CUGCCGAUCGACACCGCAGUCAAAGGUUGUGCGGAGUUUCGAGUCGUUUUUUGCCGUCGUUCUCAAACGAUCAAAAGCUGGUUUCCUUACUUCUGUGUGCUUACGUAAGCAGAAUCGAGCGAAAUGGCAGCAAAGGAACCAUCGCCGAUCGUUAAAGCGUACCUAAUUUUGUACAAUGGUGCACAAGUUUUGGGCUGGACCUACAUGUUAUAUCAACUGGUGGCAUACUAUACCCUCGAUAAGGGGACGGAUAAAACGUUGUGGGAUUAUCUGGGCCUUACUGUGAUCCUCUUCCAAAAUGCUGCCCUCCUCGAGAUUGUCCACGCAUUCACCCGAAUCGUACCGAGCAAUCCGAUCCUAACCACGUUCCAGGUGCUCUCCCGUGUUGUGGUCGUUUGCGGGGUGGUAAUGGCAACGCCGACGGGAAAAGUUUCACCCGGGCUACCGUUGGCAAUUCUCGCCUGGUCGAUCACGGAGAUCAUCCGGUACGGGUACUACGCCCUCAAUCUGGUCGACGCUGUCCCGCAGUUACUCAUCUUCCUCCGGUACACCACCUUCAUCGCGCUGUACCCGAUCGGUGUUACCGGGGAACUGCUGUGCUUCUACUGGGCCCAGUCGCACGUUGGCGAAACGAAACAGUGGAGCGUCGAAAUGCCGAACAAGUACAACUUUACCUUCUCCUACUUCUAUCUGCUGUGGAUAGUGAUGCUGCUGUACAUCCCGCUGUUCCCCCAGCUGUAUCUGCACAUGUUCGCCCAGCGGAAGAAGAUUUUGGGCGCACCGUCCGGAGCUGCGGCGUCUGCCAAGCAGAAAGCGAAGUGACUAGAUGCAUUUGGGUUUCCUGCCUGAGCGUAUGCAUACGAAUUUGCAUACACGUUUUCCUACUGUGGAGGAACAUUACCUUAAUGUUACUUUAUUCUUCCUUUAGGGGUGAUUUCUUUCUCUUACGUUUCAUCAGGAUUCCAUGGACUGAUAAGUUAACAAACUUUAGCUUUAAGUUUAAGUUUAAUUAUAUUCCAUUCCGUUGUGGUGGUGUUUGUGGACACGUGUGCAUUUUUGGUCUGGGUCGUUAAACGAAUAAUAAAAGUAUUUAAAACGGUA